AUGCAGCGUGCUCUCCAAUCAGAAGCGCCCGAUUUCGGCACGGUCAUGGUCACAGUUCGAGUCGGAACAGUCCCCCACACUGUCGACUUUCCUGUCUACGAGCGCCCUAUCCGCAAGUCUUCGCAAUUCGUGGACAACGCCCUGAAAGAACCUUGGCAGGAAUCGACAGACCGUGUCAUUUCCCUUCCCAAGGUUCGCCGAAAUACUUUCCAGAUCUAUCACGAAUGGCUGCUUACGGGCAAGCUCCACACUGUCCCUCAACCUCCAAAUGGAUCCGGAAUGUCGACAGAAAAUUAUAUACUAUAUGUAGAACUCAUAUACCUCAGUAACGCUCUACACCUUGGAUACUACCUACUAGAUACCGACUUUACGGAUACUGUGUGCGAUGGCAUACUCCAGUGCACUUCCAGCGCUUCCAACAUUUCAUUCUUUACCGUAUGGGGGUCCGACUGCUAUAAAGGUAUUCCCUACGGAGAGCCAGCCAGAAAGCUCAUCGUGGAUCUUAUUGCGUGGACUUCAAAGGCGUCUGGCAUCAGGCGUCUGUCCAAUAGACACCAUGUGGAAGAUCCUGAUUUCGUUAUGGACGUCCUCCAGGCUGUCGCGGCUAGGUUCAUGUCUGCUAAGCCGUCGACUUCGCCUCUCCAGGGGUGGGAGACAAGCUGCAAGUACCACUGCCAUGGCAAAGACAAGCCAUGUUUCAGGGAGAAGGCGAAGAAAUCCGUCGAUUCCACUGGGAAGCGACCAGCACCGGAUGAUGCCGAGUCACACACCAAGAGGCAGCGAGUGUGA